GCCGACCCUCAGUGGUGGACGGAGAGCGGUGGACGGAGCGGUGGACGGGCGGCUGCGGGACAGUGAGGUGCCCGUGACUGGACCACAUACAGUAACCUCUCCAAGUGGACAGAGCAGGCCGCAGUCGAGCGUCACUGUGAUCGAUCGUUCCUCCACAAUACCCUGUGAGGCGGACAGUGUUGUGGACAGCGACGAGCGCCAGGGAGGGUCACUCAAGGAGGCAGUUGGUUGGUGUUACAGGCAUCCCUCUGCUGUCACCGUGACGAGUCACUGACACCUUACGAGCCGCGACCAUGAAGGUUGGCGUACUGGGCGCCACGGGCCGCACCGGACAGCUGGUUAUCGCCGAGGCCCUAAAGAGGGGUCACAGCGUCACUGCCAUCGCCAGAAACCCUGACAAGCUGAAGCAGAAGCACGACAACCUCAGCGUCGUCAAGGCCAGCAUCUUCUCGGCGGAGGAGCUGACGGAGGCGUUCAGGGGGCAUGACGCGGUGGUGUCCGCGCUGGGGUUCAGCCGUAACUCGCCAGUGACCGGCUACACCGAGUCGAUGAAGGCAGCUGUCACGGCGAUGCGAGCCAGCAGCGUGAAGAGACUGGUGGUGCUGACAGCAUUCUAUACGGACGUCACCGCCGCGCAGGGGCACGGCUUCUUCCUCAACCUGUUCGUCAAGUUCCUGAAGCACCUGCUGACCAACAUGCGGGAGAUGGAGCAGUACCUGGAGUCUGAGGCCGGCGACCUGGACUGGACGGUGGUGCGGCCGGGCGGACUCAACAGCCGCGCCGCCCGCGACCAGACGCUGGUGCAGCGCGAGGCAGCGAUGGCCAUCGGCGGCGCCGGCGUGGCCUCCUACAUCCCGCGCGCCAACGUCGCCCGCUUCAUGGUGGAGCAGCUGGAGGACGACCGCUACGGCAGGAAGGCGGUCGCCAUCGCCGUCAACUCGUGAGGCCGGACGCCCAGCAGCGAGCUGAUGGAGUUUGUUUUGUUUUGUUUUGUUUUGUUUUUCGCUUGCAAUAGAUGGUUCGGUUUGCAUGAAUA